GCCCCCCCGUGCGCAGUUCCGGGGCGAGGAUGGCGACCCCGGACCAGAAGUCGCCAAACGUUCUGCUGCAGAACCUGUGCUGCCGCAUCCUGGGCAGGAGCGAAGCUGAUGUAGCCCAACAGUUCCAGUAUGCUGUUCGAGUUAUUGGCAGCAACUUUGCCCCAACUGUUGAAAGAGAUGAAUUUCUAGUAGCUGAAAAAAUCAAGAAAGAACUUAUUCGACAGAGAAGAGAAACAGAUGCUGCAUUAUUUUCAGAACUCCACAGAAAACUUCACUCACAGGGAAUUUUGAAAAACAAGUGGUCAAUACUCUACCUCUUGCUGAGCCUUAGCGAGGACCCACGCAAGCAGCCAAGCAAGGUUUCUAGCUAUGCUGCUUUAUUUGCUCAAGCAUUACCGAGAGAUGCUCAUUCAACUCCCUACUACUACGCCCGGCCUCAGAGCCUCCCCCUGAGUUACCAGGACCGGAGCGCCCCGUCAGCCCCGAGCUCCGGCAGCAUGGGCAGCAGCGGCAUCAGCAGUGUCAGCCUGUGCGGCCUCAGUGGCCCAGUGCCAACACCACAGCCUCUCCUUCCGGGACAGUCUCAUCAAGCUCCUGGGGUAGGAGAUUGCCUUCGACAGCAGUUGGGGUCACGGCUUGCGUGGACUCUAACUGCAAAUCAGCCUUCUUCACAAACCACUACCUCAAGAGGUAUCCCAAACACUGUUUCUCGAAACAUGACACGGUCAAGGAGAGAAGGGGACACGGGUGGCACUAUGGAAGUUACUGAAGCAGCUCUGGUAAGGGACAUUCUGUAUGUCUUCCAGGGCAUAGAUGGCAAAAACAUAAAAAUGAGCAACACUGAAAAUUGUUACAAAGUAGAAGGAAAGGCAAACCUAAGUAAAUCUUUGCGAGAUACAGCAGUCAGACUUGCCGAGUUGGGAUGGUUACAUAAUAAAAUCAGAAAAUACACAGACCAGAGAAGUCUGGACCGUUCCUUUGGACUUGUUGGUCAGAGCUUUUGUGCUGCCUUGCACCAAGAACUCAAAGAAUACUACCGAUUACUCUCUGUUUUACAUUCCCAGCUGCAGCUAGAGGAUGAUCAGGGUGUGAAUUUGGGACUUGAGAGUAGUUUAACACUGCGGCGCCUCCUCGUUUGGACGUACGAUCCCAAAAUAAGACUGAAGACCCUUGCAGCCCUGGUGGAUCAUUGUCAAGGAAGGAAAGGAGGUGAGCUGGCCUCGGCCGUCCAUGCCUACACGAAAACAGGAGAUCCGUACAUGCGGUCCCUGGUGCAGCACAUCCUCAGCCUUGUGUCUCACCCCAUCCUGAGCUUCCUCUACCGCUGGAUAUACGAUGGGGAGCUUGAGGACACGUACCAUGAAUUUUUUGUAGCAUCAGACCCCACAGUUAAAACAGAUCGACUGUGGCAUGACAAGUAUACUUUGAGGAAAUCCAUGAUUCCUUCGUUCAUUACAAUGGAUCAAUCUAGGAAGGUCCUUUUGAUAGGAAAAUCAAUAAAUUUUUUGCACCAGGUUUGUCAUGAUCAGACUCCCACUGCAAAGAUGAUAGCUGUGACGAGGUCUGCAGAGUCACCCCAGGAUGCUGCAGACUUAUUCACAGACUUAGAAAAUGCGUUUCAGGGGAAAAUUGAUGCUGCUUAUUUUGAGACGAGCAAAUAUCUAUUGGAUGUUCUCAAUAAAAAAUACAGCUUGCUGGACCACAUGCAGGCAAUGAGGCGGUACUUGCUUCUUGGUCAAGGAGACUUUAUAAGGCACUUAAUGGAUUUGCUAAAACCAGAACUUGUUCGUCCAGCUACGACUUUGUAUCAGCAUAACUUGACUGGAAUUCUCGAGACCGCCGUCAGAGCCACCAACGCGCAGUUUGACAGUCCCGAGAUUCUGAGGAGGCUGGAUGUGAGGCUGCUGGAGGUCUCUCCUGGCGACACUGGGUGGGAUGUCUUCAGCCUGGAUUAUCAUGUCGAUGGACCAAUUGCAACUGUGUUCACUCGAGAGUGCAUGAGCCACUACCUGAGGGUGUUCAACUUUCUCUGGAGGGCGAAGCGGAUGGAGUACAUCCUCACCGACAUACGGAAGGGGCACAUGUGCAACGCGAAGCUCCUGAGGAGUGUGCCAGAGUUCUCUGGGGUGCUGCACCAGUGUCACAUUCUGGCCUCGGAGAUGGUCCAUUUCAUCCAUCAGAUGCAGUAUUACAUCACUUUUGAGGUUCUCGAGUGUUCUUGGGAUGAGCUCUGGAACAAGGUCCAGCGGGCCCAGGAUCUGGACCACAUCAUCGCUGCUCACGAGGUGUUCCUGGACACCAUCAUCUCCCGCUGUCUGCUGGACAGCAGCUCCAGGGCACUUUUAAACCAACUUAGAGCUGUAUUUGAUCAAGUUAUUGAACUUCAGAAUGCUCAAGAUGCAAUAUACAGAACUGCUUUGGAAGAAUUACAGAGACGAUUACAGUUUGAAGAGAAAAAGAAACAGCAUGAAAUCGAGGGCCAGUGGGGAGUGACAGCAGCAGAGGAAGAGGAGGAGGAGAAGAGGGUUCAAGAAUUCAAGGAAUCUAUACCAAAAAUGUGUUCACAGUUGCGGAUAUUAACACAUUUCUACCAGGGUAUCGUGCAACAGUUUUUGGUGUUACUGACGACCAGCUCUGACGAAAGUCUUCAGUUUCUGAGCUUCAGGUUGGACUUUAACGAACAUUAUAAAGCCAGAGAGCCAAGACUCCACGUGUCUCUGGGCACCAGGGGGCGGCGCAGUUCACACACGUGAAACCUCAUGGAUCAUCCCAAGGACGUGCCAAUGCUACUAAUGCAUUAUCGAUGUCAAAAUCUACGUUUUGGUUCUCAAGGCACUGGCAUGCUGCAGGUGUCCACCCUCUCUGCCUGAGAGCACUUCAGUGUGUCACUGGCAUGGCGUAUGGUCUAUCAAGUCAACGUUUUUAUACAGCGGAGUUAAGUGUAUUUGUAAUAUCACUCAGUGAAAUAGGCUGGCUGCAUCAUUCAAUUUUAUUUCUAAUAGUCUUCAUAGUUAAAAAGUACCAUAAUUUGUUGAGCUGUCUAUGAUAUA